AUGGGAAAACACAGUUUUCUUCUCAUCUUAUUACCCUUCGUUCUUACACACACAAUUCCUUUAGUGUGUGAAGCUAGCAAAGAUGAUAUUCAAGAUCAUAAACUUUACAUCAUAUACAUGGGUUCACUUCCAGAUGAGAGAGAUUCUUCUAAUUAUUAUUCCCCAACCUCUCACCACGUCAGCAUGUUGCAACAAGUUGUGGGUGCAAGGGACGUGAGAAGGCACCAUGUUAGAAGCUACAAGAGGAGCUUCAAUGGUUUUGCAGCAAAGCUCAGUGAAAAACAGAGAGAAAUAAUCGUUGGCAUGGAUGGUGUCGUUUCGGUUUUUCCAAGCGAGACUCUUCAGAUUCAAACAACGAGGUCAUGGGACUUUCUGGGGUUCCAUGAAUCAGUUAAAAGACAACACAAAAAAGAGAGUGAUUUGGUGAUUGGAGUUAUUGACACUGGAAUAUGGCCAGAAUCAGAUAUUUUUAAUUUUUCAGGUGUUGGUCCUAUUCCGGCAAAUUGGAAGGGUCAUUGCAAAGGUGGCGCUAACUUCACUUGCAACAACAAGAUCAUCGGGGCACGAGUCUACGGACUAGCACAAGGCACUGUAAGAGACACUAUUGGUCACGGAACCCACGCUGCCUCAAUCGCAGCAGGAAACAUUGUCACCGGUGCAAGCUUCUACGGACUAGCACAAGGCACUGCAAGAGGAGCAGUCCCAUCUGCAAGGAUUGCUGCAUACAAAACCUGCUCCUCAAAAGGUUGCCCCGCUGAUAACGUGUUAGCUGCUUUCGAUGAUGCCAUCGCUGAUGGCGUCAACAUCAUCAGCAUCUCACUCGCAGGAUACAAAGCUGUUGACUUUGUGAAUGACCCCAUCGCAAUUGGUUCCUUCCAUGCCAUGGAGAAAGGGAUUCUAACAGUGCAAGCUGUAGGGAACUCAGGUCCAGUUUCACGUUCUGUUAUUAGUGUGGCACCGUGGUUGCUCAGUGUUGCAGCAAGCACCAUAGAUCGUCAAUUCAUUGACAAGGUGAUUCUUGGGAAUGAGAUGACAUUGAUUGGAAGGUCUGUUAAUGGCGUCGUUUCAAAUGGGACAAAAUUUCCUAUUGUUAAGCAGAAUGCUAGUGAUGAUAAAUGCAAAAAGUUCUCUGAUGUGUGUGAAUGUUUAGGACGUGAGCAGGUGAAGGGGAAAAUUGUUUUAUGUGGAGGAAUCGCGAAAGAUAUAGCGGCUUUUGAUAAUGGUGCAGUUGGUUCAAUCACGACGGAUAUAAAUUUCCCAGACAAUGAUGUGUUGUCUCUGGUGACUUAUUUGCCUUCAAUGAACCUGAAUUCGAAAGACUAUGCUAUUGUCCAAAACUACACAAAUUCUGCAAACAAUCCUGAAGCUGAGAUAUUGAAGAGCGAGAUAUCUGAAGACCGUAGUGCUCCAAAAGUUAUUUUUUUCUCUUCUCGUGGGCCAAAUCCCUUGAUUCCAGAGAUUUUGAAACCAGACGUGAGUGCCCCCGGUGUGGAUAUCUUGGCUGCGUGGUCACCUGAAGCGACACCCUCAGAAUAUUCAAGUGAUAAGAGAAAGGUCAAUUACAAUGUAUUGUAUGGUACAUCAAUGGCAUGUCCUCAUGUUGCUGGAGUAGCCGCAUAUUUGAAAUCAUUUCACCCAAAUUGGUCACGGGCGGCUAUUAAAUCCGCAAUCAUGACCACUGCGGAUCCCUUCAAUGGGAAUUAUAAUCUGACUGGUGAGUUCUCUUAUGGAGCUGGGAAUGUCAAUCCAGUAAAAGCUACUAACCCUGGGCUUGUAUAUGACAUUUCUAAGAAAGACUAUGUCAAAAUGCUUUGCAACUAUGGUUAUAGUGCUAAGAAAGUUAAGAUUAUUGCUGGAGCUCAUUCAGCUAGUUGUCAUGGAGUAGCACACGAUAGAACCUUGGUGAAAGAUUUAAACUACCCUGCAAUAACGGUAAACGUUGAGCCUUUGGAGCCUUACAUUAUCAAGUUUAAUAGAAUAGUGACGAAUGUUGGCUUUCCUCACAACUCGACCUACAAGGCUAUUGUCUCGCCGAAUCCGAAAAUGAAUAUCACGGUGGAGCCUAAGGUUUUGAGGUUCAAAUCGUUGCAUGAGAAACAUUCUUUUGUUGUCACUGUUGCUGGAGGAGGAUUGCAAAGAGGUAGUGCCGUUUCCUCAUCACUAGUGUGGUCAGAUGGCAAGCAUAAUGUGAAGAGUCCAAUUAUUGUGUUUGUCUCUUAG